ACAGGCAAGCAGCCGCACAAAGCAAGAACUCGCCUGGAGGAGGAGGGCGGGCAGGAGAGAGGAAGGUUGUUGCAGCAUCGAGGGCUCUAGGAUCUCCCCUGCAUACACACCACGCACACGCGCGCACACAUCAACACACGUGUCAUCCAGCCCAAGGGUCCCUGUCCCUAUUCCUCAAUAAAGAUAACUACCACCCCGAGGCACACGAUGGGAGCUCCCACGGAGCUGGUUUUCAUCUCAUUAGCCAUCAUCACCUUUACGGGGUGGUGCCCGGCAUAUGGUACCAUAAGGAACUAUGGGCCAAUCUUUGAAGAUCAGCCAGUCAACACCCUCUUUCCUGAAGGCUCAACAGAAGAGAAGAUAAUUUUGGCUUGUCGAGCAAGAGCCAGCCCUCCUGCAACUUACAGGUGGAAGAUGAAUGGCACAGAAAUGAAGAUGGAGCCGGAUACCCGUUACAGGCUGGUUGGGGGCAACUUGGAGAUAAGCAACCCAGUCAAAGCCAAGGAUGCUGGGUCUUACCAGUGCCUGGCAUCUAACCCCAUGGGCACGGUUGUGAGCCGAGAAGCCUACGUCCGCUUUGGCUUUUUGCAGGAAUUCUCCACAGAAGAGCGAGACCCCGUGAAGAUUACAGAGGGCUGGGGGACGAUGUUCACCUGCAGCCCCCCUCCACAUUACCCAGGCCUGUCCUAUCGAUGGCUCCUGAACGAGUUUCCCAACUUCAUCCCAGCAGAUGGAAGGCACUUUGUCUCCCAGAUGACAGGAAACCUUUACAUUGCCAAGACAGAGGCGUCAGACCUGGGCAACUACUCCUGCUUUGCCACAAGCCACAUCAACUUCAUCAGGAAGAGUGUCUUCAGCAAGUUUGCCAGACUCACCCUUAUUGCGGAGGAUGCCAGACAGUAUGCACCCAGCAUUAAAGCCAAGUUCCCUGCCGACACCUACGCUCUGGCUGGGCAGCUGGUGACUCUGGAGUGUUUCGCUUUUGGAAACCCCGUCCCUCGGAUAAAGUGGCGAAAGGUGGACAGCUCACAGCCCUCCAAAUGGAUCUCCAAUGAGCCCCUCCUGCAGAUCCAAAACGUUGACUUUGAAGAUGAAGGCACUUACGAGUGUGAGGCUGAAAACGCUAAGGGAAGAGACACCUACCAGGGUCGCAUUAUUAUUCAGGCUCAGCCGGAGUGGCUGAAGGUGAUCACAGACACAGAAGCAGACAUUGGAUCUGAUCUACGCUGGAGCUGUGCAGCAGCUGGCAAGCCACGGCCUACGAUCAGAUGGCUCCGUAAUGGGCAGCCGUUAACCUCUCAGAACCGCAUCGAAGUGAGCAGCGGAGAGCUGAGACUUUCCAAGCUGGCCCUGGAAGACUCUGGCAUGUAUCAGUGUGUAGCUGAGAACAAACACGGCACGGUGUAUGCAAGUGCUGAAUUAACAGUGCAAGCCUUAGCGCCAGAUUUUCGGCUAAACCCCGUGAAGCGGUUGAUACCAGCAGCCCGAGGUGGGGAGGUCAUCAUCCCGUGCCAGCCAAGAGCAGCACCAAAGUCCAUUGUGCUCUGGACCAAAGGAACUGAACUCCUGAUCAACAGUAGCAGGGUGACUAUUACCCCAGAUGGCACCUUGAUCCUCCGGAAUAUCAGCAAAUCUGAUGAGGGGAAGUAUACCUGCUUUGCUGAGAAUUUCAUGGGAAAAGCCAACAGCACAGGAAUCCUCUCAGUUCGAGAUGCCACCAAAAUCACCCUGGCACCAUCUAGUGCAGACAUCAACUUAGGCGAAAACAUUACCCUGCAGUGCCAUGCCUCCCAUGACCCAACUAUGGACCUAACCUUCACCUGGUCCCUGGAGGAUUUCCCCGUUGACUUUGACAGGUCUGAAGGGCACUACAUGAGAGCUAGCAGGAAAGAGGCUAUUGGGGACCUCGCCAUCCUGAAUACUCAGCUGAGGCACUCCGGGCUGUACACAUGCACAGCCCAGACAGUUGUGGACAGCGCAUCUGAGUCGGCCAUGCUGGUCGUAAGAGGACCUCCGGGGCCCCCUGGGGGCGUGGUGGUGGUGGACAUCAGCGACACCGCCAUCCAGCUGAGCUGGAGCCGUGGCUUCGAUAACCACAGUCCUAUUGCCAAAUACAUCAUCCAGGCCCGUACCCUACUCUCCAACAAAUGGAAGCAAGUGCGCACCAAUCCUGCAAAUAUUGAGGGCAACGCAGAGACGGCCCAGGUGGUGAAUCUCAUCCCCUGGAUGGACUACGAAUUCCGGGUCCUAGCCAGCAACAUCCUUGGAGCUGGGGAUCCUAGUGGGCCCUCCAGCAAAAUCCGCACCAAAGAAGCUGCCCCUACUGUGGCACCAUCUGGGCUCAGUGGAGGAGGAGGGGCCCCCGGUGAGCUCAUCAUCAACUGGACGCCAAUGCUGCGGGAGUACCAGAACGGGGAUGGUUUUGGAUACAUCCUGUCAUUCCGCAAGCAAGGCACCCAGGCGUGGAAGACUGCACAAGUGCCCCACCCAGAAUCCCAGCACUACGUUUACCGCAACGAGAGCAUCGGGCCCUACACCCCAUUUGAAGUGAAAAUCAAAGCAUACAACAGGAAGGGGGAGGGACCGGAGAGCCUGACUGCCAUCGUGUACUCUGCAGAGGAAGAACCAAAAGUGGCUCCCUCCAGGGUUACAGCCAAGGCCGUUUUGUCCUCGGAAAUGGAUGUGUCGUGGGAGCCGGUUGAGCAGGGAGACACAAAUGGAGUCCUGCUGGGCUAUGAGAUCCGGUACUGGAAGGAUGGCGAUAAAGAGGCAGCAGCAGACAGAGUGAGGACAGCAGGUCUUGUCACCUCAGCUCACGUGACAGGCCUGAACCCCAACACAAAGUACCACGUGACAGUCAGAGCUUACAACCGGGCUGGAACGGGGCCAGCCAGUCCCUCUACCAACAUCACAACAACAAAGCCACCCCCAAAGAGGCCACCUGGUAACAUCUCCUGGACAUUUUCCGGCUCCAGUGUCAGCGUCAAGUGGGACCCUGUGGUUGCAAAGGCGAACGAGUCCACUGUUACUGGGUACAAGAUGCUCUACCGGCAGGACUCGCACUCCACUCCCACACUGUACCUGGCCAGCAAGAACCGGAUUGAGAUCCCAGUGCCUGAAGACUCCACUCACGCUCUGGUGCAGAUUAGGGCAACGGGGCCAGGAGGAGACGGAGUCCCAGCAGAGGUUCACAUCCUCAGAAAUGGCGGCACAAGUAUGAUGGUGGAAAAUUCUGCAGCCAAUCCAGCACCGCAUACUGUCAUUAUUAUGACUAACUCUCUAGUAAUGUUGGCUCUGAUUGGCUACUUGGAGCUCUGAUGCUGGCCAAUCCAAUUGAGGAUCACUGGACACAAUUUCUCCUAAGCCUGCGUGGAACUAUUCGACAUUUGGCCAUUGCAACUACAAGUUUGUGCCACAAGAGCGCUACAAAAAGGGGGUUUGUCAAAAUCAACGUAAGGGGGGAACAAACAAAAGAAACACCCAUUUUUUUAGAAAAUAGAACAUUUCAUACAAGACCUGGGUCUUUAACCAAUCCAAGAUUUUUUUAAAAGAAAAAACAAAACACAAAGAGGAAGAAUUCUGUGUGAAUUCUGGGAGCCAGCUGUUUUAUGUACUUUAUCCAGUAGGUUUAUUGCCUUACGAAGCCAUGUACGAAAAUAACCAGACUGCUAAACUAGACUUUUUUUUUUUAAUAUGUACAUUAGCUUUUGAGGGGAAGGAUUUCAAUGAUAUCAGCAUGCUCCAUAUCAUCCCCACAGCCACCUCUGAACUGACAGCUCUGGUGUUCAAAGAUAACGGAGAAUAUUAUUGGAAGAGCUUUUCCCAGAUGCUGAGCCAAAUCAGCUAUUUUGCAGCAACCAUCUCAAGGAGAAAAAGCCUCAAGAGAAAGGAAUCUCUGUGCCCUGCCCUAUCCUGAAGGAGAGGGAAGAGCUUAGUACUUAGGUAGUAAAAAAGAAAGAGAUAAUAGAUCAUAGGUGAAGUGGAAAUUGUUUUAAUUGCCUCUUACUAGCAAUGCUGGGGCUGACUUGCAAUCCUGUACAACAGGUCACCCUGGCUGUUAUGAUAAGAGGUGCAACCUUCAGUAUUACCCACAUCCUGGGAUUGUUUUGUUGUUGUUGUUUUCCCUUUGGGUGUUUGUUUGUUUUAACACACACUUUUCUCGAAUCUCAAAUUUGGGGAGAUAGAUCCAGCCUAUUAAAGCGAUUUCAGAGGAAUUCAUCUUCAGCUCACAGAGUGGGGUCUUAAAGGGGGCAUGAUUCCCAUCUAGCCGAAUAUUAGCCCUGCCCCACAGUUGUGAGAUCAAGGUCUAACCAGUGAGUGAGUCUGGCUUUUCACAUGCAGGAUGCACACAGCCAGCUAACGGAGGGAUGGGAUGCUCAUGUGAUGGGAUGCUCAGCUGUUUCAGCAACCAGUCUGGCUGAGAAAAGUUUGUUGCUUUGCAAAUUUGUAAUGCCAGAAGUUUGACGGUGAAAAGAUUGCAUGUUCAGAGUAAUCCAUAACCUGAUUCGCUGCGCUCUCUGGUGUUUCCCAGGCUGUCUUCGGGGGUACUUGCCCAUAUCUUCUUUCUUCAUAACUGAUGGUAUUGCUUACCUGACCAACCUUAUUCUAUAAUUACCUAACCAGGAGAUUACAUUUGCCACACCAUGCAAUGGGAAGGAGGAGGACUGAAAUACAGUUUCUGUGCUAGGAACCCAGUUCCUUGUCCUCUCCAGUUUUGCUGAGAAUGAACCAGUGAGGCUAGUUGAGGAAUCUUGUUAUGACCCUCUGCCAUCCACGCAUGCCCUCCUGCAAUAACUGUACGGAACUGAUCCAUGAUGGGCCUGCAGAUUUCAGUGCUGGGAUCUCUCUGGAGGGAGUAAUAGCACCGUAUCAGCAUUAGAAGCAAUUCCUUCCUCUUGCCUGCUAAAUUCUUCACAAAACUUACUAGACAAAAUUCUGUUAAAACUUUACAAGAAUGUAAGAGGUUUCGGAAUAGCUACUACCAAUGGUAUAAGGGUAUUCGAAUCCCAGCUACAUGCUGUAAAGGGACUCUGGCAUCCCAGCUACCAGCAUCAUUGAGCCUACUGCUUCUCAGAAGGCUACGUAUCUUCAUAAAAUGCCUCUGAGAGGCACUAGCACUGCAAGUUUCCCAUGAGACUCGAAAGUCAUUAUCUAUGGUGAGAAAAUACUAUACUUGACUUAUAAGAUGGUAGAGUAUACCACGUACUGUCCUCUCAAUGCAUAAGGGUUUAUACAGGUCAAUACCCCAAGUAUUAAGAUCAGAAGACACAUCUGGUUUAAGGGCAGAUGUUCAAAGGCACAAUGGGAAUUAGGAGCCCAACAGACUUCAGUGCCUUUGAACAUCUCCCCAUUAAAAUCUAAGCCUGACCCUGCCACUAUUGGUGUAUCCAGAUCUGCCACUGAAGUUAAGGGGAGUUUUUAGUGUGGAUCUGAAGUGAAGUAAAUUUCCACAAAUAUAUGGGGCCAGAGCCUGAGCUCGUGUAAACUGGCAUAGCUCCAUGGACUCCAAAGGUCAUCUUCUAAUUUGCAGUAGCUGAGUCCCAAUCCAGCCCAUUGGAUCUGUAUCCACAGCUGUUGUUCAGACAAAGGAAUUUUGUCCAUGAGUAAGGACUGAAGGGUUGGGCUCAUGUCUUUAAGGGCAGCAUAUUUUGUAUAGACUGGGGAAGUGAAAUUAAUAUCCAGCAUCUAGAGCCCAAUUCUGAGUAUCCACACUUUCCUUGGACUCUCAGGAUCAAACCACUGCUAAAGAAUGUUUCACAGAAUGAUUGUGAAAACUUAGGGGCCUGGGGAAGGCUUUAAGACUCCAGGUCAUUUCCUUCUGGAUUUGUAGCAAAACUGAUUUUCUCCUGAAGAUUGCUAACUGGAUUUCCUCCCCCCAUCCUUGCUGGUUCAUAAACUAUGCAGAUGGUGCCCAGAGACUAGGGUCUACAUUCUGUCUGGCCUUCACAGGAUUGUGCAGUGAGGAUGGAAGGGGGCUGGUAAGGAGAGGAGGGACCAAAUAGCCCCCACCCUUCCUUACACAGUCUGUGUAAGGUUUGGCCAGAAUUGCAACCCUUAAGCUAGAAGGAACACAAGCGCUGCUAUUGCUAUCAUUCCUCCAGGGACCAGAAGGGAUGGAAAGUAGUACAGCCGGUGGGCCAACUGGGGAGUAUGCCGCAGCCCUUAAAUUGAUCUACAAAGCGCAAUUAGGGGGCUCCAGGAGAUAUUCUGUUUCCAGUGCUCCCCAUGGGGUGAUGUGGGCUGUGACUAAACACCACAGUCGCCCUCAGUGUCAUAGAGGGGUCAGGGAUGGCUUGCACUAGCUAAUCAUUUUUAAAGCUAUUGUGUGUCCUGGGUCUUACUGCGCAUUUAGGAGCUUAGGUACGUAAAUCCCUGCCCAUGUAAAGGAGUUAUUCCCGGCAGCAUAUACUAGGGAGAUCCCAAUACAAUUGCAUAGCAUCUGUCCUACACACCAUUACAACAUGCUUUCUGGCAAGAGGGGAAGUACACCAGCAGAAUCCCUACAUGAGAAGCCAUGCACCGAGAUGAAGAAUGGGUGUUAAUAUAUUUGGCAAAUGAGAGAAAAAUAUGGAGAGGUGGAGGAGAGAGGAAAAAUCCAAUGGCAUGGAAAAUUGCUAAACAGUUAGAAUGAGAGACCAGACAAGAGACGGAUAACUUCCCCUCUCUUGGUUUCCCCUACAAAUACAAUCACUGAGAGAAACCAAGUGAAGGGCAGUGAGUCAUACCAGUAAUAUAGGAGAAAUGACAUACACAGACAGGGGCAGCUCUAGACAUUUCGCCGCCCUAAGCACGGCGGCAUGCCGCAGGGGGGCGCUCUGCUGGUCGCCGGUCCCGCGGCUCCGGUGGACCUCUCGCAGGAGUGCCUGUGGGGGGUCCGCUGGUGAGCCGCGGGAUCAGCAGACCCUCCGCAGGCAUGUCGCCGAAGGCUGCCUGCCUGCCGCCCUCCCGGUGACCGGCAGAGCACCCCCUGUGGCAUGCCGCCCCAAGCACGCGCUUGGCAUGCUGGGGCCUGGAGCCGCCCCUGUACACAGAGUAGAGGGAGCUGAUCUUAGGCCUUGCCAUCACUAAAAACGUAUAUUUUUUUAUCUUGGGAUGACUAACACUCCUGAGGUAUCCCAAGGUAAAAACACAGUGGAGACAAGGCAUUUAGAAUUACCAUGAGGUAAACAUGAGAGGUCAGCCCCUGAAAGGGGUACAGGACUACUCGCCAUACGGUAAAACUAAAGUGUUUUUACAUUGGAAUAGCUCAUGCGUACCAGUUAUCCCAUGGUUAUCAAUGUACCUUUUCUAGCAGUGAAAACAAGGCCAUAGCCUCAUAGGAUCCCUGCUCAUCGCUGCCUCGGUUUAAUUAUGCAGCUUGAAUUUCUGCACCAUAAUCUAUUUAGCAACGAAUUACCUUCUGGUUCCCCCUAGUGGAUUGUUACAGUGUUUAUGAAUGACAGCUGUUGUCUAAAUAUAAAUUAUUAUAUCUAUAUUUUUGUACAUUUUGUUUAAAAAUCUGAACCUAUUUUAAUGAUGUGUUUCUUUUGCUUUUGUUUUGCAAAUUAUUGUGUGUUGUUAAU